GGACCAACCCAAACAGGAAGAUCACGUCAGCGACUCAACCCACUCAAGUGACGCACCCCUCCUAGGGACGGCAUGGAAGAGCACCAGUAAGCCAGUGACUCAGCCCCUGUAAUAGGGUUAGAGGCAGAGACUCCCAGUGGUGAGAGGGGAACCGGCCAGGCAGAGACAGCAAUGGCGGUUCGUUGCUCCAGAGCCUUUCCGUUCACCUUCACACUCCUGGGCCAGACUACACUCAAUCAUAUGACCUACUGAAGAGAUAAGUCUUCAGUAAAGACUUAAAGGUUGAGACCGAGUCUGCGUCUCUCACAUGGGUAGGCAGACCAUUCCAUAAAAAUGGAGAUCUAUAGGAGAAAGCCCUGCCUCCAGCUGUUUGCUUAGAAAUUCUAGGGACAAUUAGGAGGCCUGCGUCUUGUGACCGUAGCGUACGUGUAGGUAUGUAAUGGCAGGACCAAGUCGGAAAGAUAGGUAGGAGCAAGCCCAUGUAACGCUUUGUAGGUCAACAGUAAAACCUUGAAAUCAGCCCUUGCCUUAACAGGAAGCCAGUGUAGGGAAGCUAGCACUGGAGUAAUAUGAUCAAAUUUCUUGGUUCUAGUCAGGAUUCUAGCAGCCGUAUUUAGCACUAACUGAAGUUUAUUUAGUGCCUUAUCCGGGUAGCCGGAAAGUAGAGCAUUGCAGUAGUCUAACCUAGAAGUAACAAAUGCAUGGAUUAAUUUUUCUGCAUCAUUUUUGGACAGAAAAUUUCUGAUUUUUGCAAUGUUACGUAGAUGGAAAAAAGCUGUCCUUGAAACAGUCUUGAUAUGUUCGUCAAAAGAGAGAUCAGGGUCAAGAGUAACGCCGAGGUCCUUCACAGUUUUAUUUGAGACGACUUUACAACCAUCAAGAUUAAUUGUCAGAUUUAACAGAAGAUCUCUUUGUUUCUUGGGACCUAGAACAAGCAUCUCUGUUUUGUCCGAGUUUAAAAGUAGAAAGUUUUCAGCCAUCCACUUCCUUAUGUCUGAAACACAGGCUUCUAGCGAGGGCAAUUUUGGGGCUUCACCAUGUUUCAUUGAAAUGUACAGCUGUGUGUCAUCCGCAUAGCAGUGAAAGUUAACAUUAUGUUUUCGAAUAACAUCCCCAAGAGGUAAAAUAUAUAUUGAAAACAAUAGUGGUCCUAAAACGUAACCUUGAGGAACACUGAAAUGUACAGUUGAUUUUGUCAGAGGACAAACCAUUCACAGAGACAAACUGAUAUCUUUCCGACAGAUAAGAUCUAAACCAGGCCAGAACUUGUCCGUGUAGACCAAUUUGGGUUUCCAGUCUCUCCAAAAGAAUGUGGUGAUCGAUGGUGUCAAAGGCAGCACUAAGGUCUAGUAGCACGAGGACAGAUGCAGAGCCUCGGUCUGACGCCAUUAAAAGGUAAUUUACCACCUUCACAAGUGCAGUCUCAGUGCUAUGAUGGGGUCUAAAACCAGACUGAAGCAUUUCUUAUACGUUGUUUGUCUUCAGGAAGGCAGUGAGUUGCUGCGCAACAGCUUUUUCUAAAAUUUGAAAGGAAUGGAGGAUUCGAUAUAGGCCGAUUUUAGUUUUUUUUAUAUUUUCAUAUUUUCCGGGUCAAGGUUUGGCUUUUUCAAGAGAGGCUUUAUUACUGCGGUGGAUAGAGAGCCGUUUAUUAUGUUCAACAUAGAAGGGCCAAGCACAGGAAGCAGCUCUUUCAGUAGUUUAGCAGGAAUAGGAUCCAGUAUGCAGCUUGAAGGUUUAGAGGCCAUGAUUAUUUUCAUUAUUGUGUCAAGAGAUAUAGUACUAAAACACUUAAGUGUCUCUCCCGAUCCCAGGCCCUGGCAGAGUUGUGCAGAUCCAGGACAGCUAAGCCCUGGAGGAAUACGCAGAUUCAAAGAGGAGUCCGUAAUUUGCUUUCUAAUGGUCAUGAUCUUUUCCUCAAAGAAGUUCAUGAAUUUAUUACUGCUGAAGUGAAAGCCAUCCUCUCUUGGGGAAUGCUGCUUUUUAGUUAGCUUUGCAACAGUAUCAAAAAGAAAUUUUGGAUUGUUCUUAUUUUCCUCAAUUAAGUUGGAAAAGUAGGAUGAUCGAGCAGCAGUGAGGGCUCUUCAGUACUGCACGGUACUGUCUUUCCAAGCUAGUCGGAAGACUUCCAGUUUGGUGUGGCGUUCCAAUUUUCUGGAAGCUUGCUUCAAAGCUCGGGUAUUUUCUGUAUACCAGGGAGCUAGUUUCUUAUGACAAAUGUUUUUCGUUUUUAGGGGUGCAACUGCAUCUAGGGUAUUGCGCAAGGUUAAAUUGAGUUCCUCAGUUAGGUGGUUAACUGAUUUUUGUCCUCUGACGUCCUUGAGUAGGCAGAAGGAGUCUGGAAGGGCAUCAAGGAAUUUUUGUGUUGUCUGAGAAUUUAUAGCACGACUUUUGAUGCUCCUUGGUUGGGGUCUGAGCAGAUUAUUUGUUGCGAUUGCAAACGUAAUAAAAUGGUGGUCCGAUAGUCCAGGAUUAUGUGGAAAAACAUUAAGAUCUACAACAUUUAUUCCAUGGGACAAAACUAGGUCCAGAGUAUGACUGUGGCAGUGAGUAGGUCCAUAGACAUGUUGGACAAAACCCACUGAUUCGAUGAUGGCUCCGAAAGACUUUUGGAGUGGGUCUGUGGACUUCUCCAUAUGAAUAUUAAAGUCACCAAAAAUGUGAAUAUUAUCUGCUAUGACUACAAGGUCUGAUAGGAAUUCAGGGAACUCAGAGAGGAACGCUGUAUAUGGCCCAGGAGGCCUGUAAACAGUAGCUAUAAAAAGUGAUUGAGUAGGCUGCAUAGAUUUCAUGACUAGAAGCUCAAAAGACGAAAACGUCAUUUUUUUUUUUGGUAAAUUGAAAUUUGCUAUCGUAAAUGUUAGCAACACCUCCGCCUUUGCGGGAUGCACGGGGGAUAUGGUCACUAGUGUAACCAGGAGGUGAGGCCUCAUUUAACACAGUAAAUUCAUCAGGCUUAAGCCAUGUUUCAGUCAGGCCAAUCACAUCAAGAUUAUGAUCAGUGGUUAGUUCAUUGACUAUGAUUGCCUUUGAAGUGAGGGAUCUAACAUUAAGUAACCCUAUUUUGAGAUGUGAGGUAUCACGAUCUCUUUCAAUAAUGGCAGGAAUGGAGGAGGUCUUUAUCCUAGUGAGAUUGCUAAGGCGAACACCGCCAUGUUUAGUUUUGCCCAACCUAGGUCGAGGCACAGACACAGUCUCAAUGGGGAUGGCUUAGCUGACUACACUGACUGCUAUUGGCAGACUCUACUAAGCUGGCAGGUUGGCUAACAGCCUGCUGCCUGGCCUGCACCCUAUUUCAUUGUGGAGCUAGAGGAGUUAGAGCCCUGUCUAUGUUGGUAGAUAAGAUGAGAGCACCCCUCCAGCUAGGAUGGAGUCCGUCACUCCUCAGCAGGUCAGGCUUGGUCCUGUUUGUGGGUGAGUCCCAGAAAGAGGGCCAAUUAUCUACAAAUUCUAUAUUUUGGGAGGGGCAGAAAACAGUUUUCAACCAGCGAUUGAGUUGUGAGACUCUGCUGUAGAGCUCAUCACUCCCCCUAACUGGGAGGGGGAAAGAGACAAUUACUCGAUGCCGACACAUCUUUCGAGCUGAUUUACACGCUGAAGCUAUGUUGCACUUGGUGACCUCUGACUGUUUCAUCCUAACAUCGUUGGUGCCGACGUGGAUAACAAUAUCUCUAUACUCUCUACACUCGCCAGAUUUAGCUUUAGCCAGCACCAUCUUCAGAUUAGCCUUAACGUCGGUAGCCCUGCCCCCUGGUAAACAGUGUUUGAUCGCUGCGUGAUUCGUUUUAAGUCUAAUACUGCGGGUAAUGGAGUCGCCAAUGACUAGGGUUUUCAAUUUGUCAGAGCUAAUGGUUGGAGCCUUUGGCGUCUCAGACCCCGUAACGGGAGGAGUAGAGACAAGAGAAGACUCAGACUCCGACUCGCUACUUAAUGGGGAAAACCGGUUGAAAGUUUCUGUCGGCUGAAUGAGCGACACCAGUUGAGCAUUCCAACAGCAUUUCCCUCCAGAAGCCAUGAGAAAGUUGUCCGGCUGCGGGGACUGUGCGGGGGGAUUUAUACUAACUUUACUAUCUGUACUUACUGGUGGCACAGACGCUGUUUCAUCCUUUCCUACACUGAAAUAACCCUUGCCUAACGAUUGCGUCUGAAGCUGGGCUUGCAGCACAGCUAUCCUCGCCAUAAGGCGAUCGUUCUCCUGUAUAUUAUGAGUACAGCGACUGCAAUUAGAAGACAUCAUGUUAAUGUUACUACUUAGCUUCGGCUGUUGAAGGUGCUGACGAACCAUGUCCAGAUAAAGCGUCCGGAGUGAAAAGUUGAAUGAGGGAAAAAAGUUGCGAUGGAAAAACUAAAAAUAUAAACGGUAAUUAAAAAGAAGAAAAAAAACGUAAAGUUGUCAGCUAGCAAAGUAAAGUUGGCAACAAAACGCACAGCAACAAAACGCACAGCAACACGUCUGCAAACUCAAGAGGAAGUGACGUCACUGUUCUCUGAGUCGUCCCAGAGUCAUCCCAGAGACAUCCCAGAGAGCUCGUCAAUCAUUUGCAAUUAUCUACUUAUGAUAAGGUGCUGGCGAGUCAGGGAAGAGUACAAUUGUCAAACAGAUGAAGAUCAUCCAUGAGGCGGGCUAUUCAGAGGAAGAGUGUAAGCAGUACAAAGCGGUGGUGUACAGCAACACCAUCCAGUCCAUAAUCGCCAUCAUCAGAGCCAUGGGGCGCCUCAAGAUCGAUUUCUCCGAUGCAGCCAGAGCGGAUGAUGCUCGUCAGCUGUUUGUGCUGGCGGGAUCGGCAGAGGAGGGCUUCAUGACCGGCGAACUGGCCGGAGUCAUCCAGCGCCUCUGGAAGGACGGUGGGGUCCAGGCCUGCUUCAGCCGGUCACGAGAGUACCAGCUCAACGACUCCGCCGCCUAUUAUCUGAAUGACCUGAAUAGGAUAUCCCACGGAGCGUACGUACCCACCCAGCAGGAUGUGCUGAGGACCAGGGUGAAGACCACCGGCAUUGUGGAGACGCACUUCACCUUCAAAGACCUCCACUUCAAGAUGUUUGACGUGGGGGGUCAGAGGUCCGAGAGGAAGAAGUGGAUCCACUGCUUUGAGGGAGUCACUGCCAUCAUCUUCUGUGUGGCGCUGAGUGACUACGACCUGGUCCUGGCCGAGGACGAGGAGAUGAACCGGAUGCAUGAGAGCAUGAAGCUGUUUGACUCCAUCUGCAACAACAAGUGGUUCACAGACACCUCCAUCAUCCUCUUCCUCAACAAGAAGGAUCUGUUCGAGGAGAAGAUCAAGAAGAGUCCUCUCACUAUCUGUUACCCGGAGUACGCAGGUUCCAACACAUACGAGGAGGCGGCGGCCUACAUCCAGUGUCAGUUUGAGGACCUGAACAAGAGGAAGGACACCAAGGAGAUCUACACCCACUUCACCUGUGCCACCGACACCAAGAAUGUGCAGUUUGUCUUCGACGCAGUCACCGACGUCAUCAUCAAGAACAACCUGAAGGACUGUGGCCUCUUCUAGGGCAGUGUGGUGGCCAGAGUGCGCUCAGUGACUUUCUUGGGGACAUCUGUGACUGGAGGGGGGCGGAUCAUGGACACUUUGUAGAGAACGUCUCUUUUAACCUUAACUUAUGUUGAUCUCUGAAAGGUUUUAAAAUGCCUUGUAGAAAACGUUUGUGUAAAAUAUUUGUACAACUGUCACUAAGGCUGGAGUUUUUCACUGUUUUUAAAAUGGUUUUGUUUUAACCGGCCAAGGUUUUAUUUUUAUUUUUUUAAAGGGGGGGCCUUUGCAUUUUGUUUCUUCUUAUUCUAGGAGAAGAAUGGACACUUUUCUAUUUGUAGGUACUUGUGCCUUUGCAUGCCUUAGUUGCAGUGUGUUUGUUUUUGUUAGCUAAAUUGUAAUAGAUGUAUUUCGAUGUUAUAAUUAAUUACACCACCCUCCCCAAAUAUUAUCUCUAUUUGGUUCCAAAUGUGGUUUCCACAAAUAAUAUCUCUAUUUGGUUCCAAAUAUGGUUUCCAUGACUGACAUCCCAAAAUUAUUGUAUCCAUGGAAAUGAUGGAAUAGACCAAUUUAAGACCAACUUGCUCUCGAUAGACCAACUCACUCUUACAUAUUGAGAGCUGUGUGUGUGCAUGACUGUGUGAGUGCCUUUGCUGUAUGCUUGAGUGAGUGAGUAGCAUGCAUGAAUGUGUGGAUAUAAAUACAAAGGGACUCUUCUUUUUACUUGUCAUCCUCCUUCACAGUCUGGUUUUCUGGAACAUGUACCAAAAAGGCAACUUUAUAUUUAAUGUGACGUCACAUGGUUGGUGUGACAUUGCGGAUGGUAACAUUCCUACACCAAAUCAUUAUUUUAAAGAGAAACUAAGAGGAUGACAACUACAGCCUUGUAGCAGAUGAGAGGACCAUAGAUAUAAAGUGCAUAGAUGGACAAAGGGAGGUGAAUGGGUGGAUGUGCACUGUUAUGAUGUUGACGAUAAGUUUCAUAAUGGUUUCAGGUUACAUAUCCCCCUAACCCCCCACCCGUCUGUUUCCAUUGGAUGGGGACGUUAGUGGACUAAUUUCCAUUAUUUUGUUAAUAAAAUAAAUGCUGUGGUGAAACGAUGACAUCCUUCAACAA